CACUUUUCUUUCUCUCCCUCUAUUUUUUUUUUUACUUGUUCAAUUCUUAUUCUAUCAUGGCGUAUUAUCCCUGGACACUUGUUUUCGUCAAUAUCAUAUUGGCCAUCACACGGUUCCUUGUAGUUGCCUCUAUCGGCGCUGCUAUUGCUGUAUACUCUAGGCUCCGCGGCGAGCACGCUAACAGUAUCCGAUGGGUCCGACAAGGAGGAUACCUGGAAAUGUUCAACUUCCUCAUCAACACUCGUAACGACAUAUCACUACAAGCCAAAACAGCACUUUUAUUCACCAUUCUCGCCACGCUCGCAGCAGCCAUCAUGGGAAGAGGAGCAGUACGAUUCAUUGAGCCUACAACCAGAGCAACAAAUCCAUCCUCCGCUAUUGUAAACACCAAACAGUACUUGCCACUUGGAGAGAGUAUGUUCAGUGGAUGGUCAAAGUCUAUCCGUAAUAUCUCUACCGCUGUGGACACCGUAGUAGCAAUGAUAGGCGACACUAAACUUAUCCCAGAUGCUGUUGAAGGGCGGAUAUAUACCCCAAAACUAUCGCCAUAUGAAAGCGGAUGUGACAAGCUAGAUAUUUACGCAAUGUUAGACGAUUCUAGGGCUCUUUUGGAAAACAAUGGUUGUGCAAAGACUACACUCAGCAUCCGCGGCGCCCCAAUAGUCUUUAAUACAAAAACCAUGCGCAAAAAGAAGAGGUCUGACAGUCGAUGGAGCGUCUCUGUAAAAUCUGAAUCCUUUAAUUUUUACAAUGAUUUGGUCAUGAACAUUGCCGUGGAUCGCGAUGGAGAGGUUUGCACUUUGCCUAACACCUUCAGAAGUGUAACUCUUGAACCCACUAAUGGAUUAACCAUUUUACCGAUGACUUCGAUAAAAAAAUGCGUUUUUCCUUCUGGAAGAGUCACUACAAUCACCGUUUCCGAUAUGAACUUUGUGAUUACCCCGUCAAAUUUCUUUAACGAAACUUCGAAAGAAAUAUUUGAUGAUUACGAUGAACUUUUUCAAGCUAUGGAGCCGGUCAUUCAGAAUGCAACUGCAGGUCCAGGAAACAUCACUAGUGUAUUCAGUGAGAUGAGGAUUCAAGGCACCUCCAUCAAUGUUUUGACAUGUGCCCCAACCCGCUACUUGCCUUGGGAACUCAUAGAUGACUUCAAUGGCGACUACACCAAUCCCAACUUCAAAGAUAUCACAUUGUGUUUGUACGUAGUCGCUGAGAUAAAUAUGUUGAAGGAAAAAAGAAUCGAUCCUCAAAUAAUAUCUGAGUUUGGGGGCGUCUUGCCAGAAAUGAAAGACGAGAGCAUCUCAAUGCAAAUCACCUACCUUAGAUCAGCAGGCCAAGCGCAAUUCUCAAUCUCCAGCAUCAGAAACGCUACGGCUGCGAUAUCCCAGUACUUUGCGGAAUUAGGAUACAACUUUUUAGCUGAUCUCACUAAGAGCCGCUUAAUUGUGUUAUAUGACACAAUCGACAUCGAGCAUGGCCUUGAGAUCCCCCAAUGGCUUAUCAUUCUUGUACCCGUCAUCGCUUCCUGCUGUCUUGUUUUUCUGGUGGCCACGGAGUACCUCUUAGACGGACGAUAUACCAGCUCGCUCUACAAAACAAUCGCGCUUCCGAUGCAACACUAUUUGAACAACUUUGCGCCAAUGCUGAUGCGGUCGAAGGUCAACCCUGUGGAGUUUGAAGGUGUUCCUGUCAUUCCCACAGAGCCUAGUUCUAAUGUGGAUACAAAACAUAGUUCAAAAGUUAUAGCUAAUUGUGCCUCUUCCACGAUCAAUAAUCCCAAAUCCUAGUCACGAUAUUGUUAACUGUAAUAAAAACUCGCG